UCCAAUGUCGUGACAACUUACCGAUUGCCCAAAGCCCCAUGGACUCAGCUGCGAUCCGCCGGAGAAAGAGACGGGUUGCCGACGCGAAUCGCAAGAGGGCAGCGCGCGCCUCCGCCUGGCGAGCUCACUGAGAUCGACUCCUCGCUCACGGCAGAUACUCGGAUACCCAUUUCGGCAGAGGGCUCACUCGAUCCACAUGAUUUACUUUCACCCGCAUCCGCUCUAUCCCAAGGACUCGCAGAGCAUGUUGUCUCUGGCCAAUCCAAGAAAGUUCCAUGGCCAAACAUCUUGUGUCGACUUCGAGAAGCAUUCUCAUUGGACUUGAGUCCCUCAACUGGAGAGAGAGACAUAGCAGCCUUACAAGCGCAUACAACUCGCUCCAAGCCUCUUCAGCCAUCUGAGAUGGCACGCCUUCAGGCGGCAAUCGUGGCGUUCCCACCACACCUGUUCUUCUACCUCGAUCAAGACCAAAUGUUGACCGAGUUGGAUCAAUUCUAUAGAGAUCAAACUUGCCCUUUAAGGUCAGACUUGAGCUUUGUGUGUCUUGCACUAGCGACAUUUGCAUUAGGAAGCCAGUGGACAACCCUAGAGAGACCCGAGGAGUCUGUCGUGAACCUGAAUCGAGAUGAUGAUGACCUAGGACGGGUAUUCUACACCCAUGCAAAAACGCUCAUUCCAGAUAUUAUUGAUCGAUCAUGCCUUCGCUCUAUACAAGCACCCUUUUUGCUGGGUGUGUACCUAAUGCCGGCAAACGCCAUUGGAUCAUCAUAUGUUUACAUGGGUCUGGCUCUGCGCAAGGCAAUAGCCUUCGACCUGCAUUUGGAAAAUGUCGAUGAAAGUAUUAAUGCGACUGAAGUUGAGAUUCGCCGUCGGCUGUGGUGGUCUAUCUAUUCUCUUGAGAGGUGCACUACGAUAAAGCUGAAUAGGCCUCGGUCUAUCAGUACUGAAAUCAUCAAGACACCAGCUCCAUCACCUCUUCCGUCAUUGGAUUCUCGCCAGAAAUACAAUAAUAUACAAUAUCAGAUGGCUUAUACUCGCUUGAUCAGAAUUCUAGAUCAGAUCGCGGAGCCACGUAAAAGCUCUACUGGUUAUGUAGAAAAUCAUUCCGAGAAAUGGCGAUCAGAUCUUCGGCAGUGGAAGAAAUCACUGCCCGCCGAGUUCAAGAUCGACACGAUGGAUCCCAAAGAUUCAAGAUAUCGUCCAACCUUUCAUUUAUAUUUGAACUACUACUAUGCAUGGAUAACAAUGGGAAAAGUGGCUCUUGUUACUGUUGCUCGAACAAAUCUACGCAACCGCACGCAUCCUUCAUCCGAAUCGUCCAAACCGAGCGAAUGCUCUCUAUCUGAAUCCCAGUCUUGUGUGAAAGCAGCCCGAAAGCUACUGUUGCUAUUUGAAACACUCACAAAACAUCGCAAGAUCACUCGUUUCUCUUUCACUGAUUUCCAAGGGUGCAGUAUUGCGACGAUUGUGACACUGGUAUCUGGAAUCAUGGAGCGUGAUUCUGGGUAUGAAGGUCGAGUAGCCUUCGGCCUAGAUUGCCUCCGAAGAAUGGCGACCGGGAACAUGACCGCGAAAAUGGGAGUCAAGUUUGUCGAGGCGGUCCAGACAAUUACAAAUGAGGCCAGGAACAAGCUACACGAUAAAAACAUUGCAUUUCGGGAACCAGAGCCUCAAAAUGAGAGUCCGGCUUCUUUGUCGGACUAUGACCGUUGGGCUGAAUGGUUCAGCAAGCUCGAUCGCCCCCAGACUCAGGAGCAGAGGUCAAGCUUGGAAGAAGCCAUAGUUUCAGAACAAGCCGUACAAUUUUCACAAAUGCCUUCAGAGUCGGCUGCAUCCAACAUGGAUACCAUGGCAAGUUGGAGAACGGCGAAUGAUCAAUUUGAGAUUGAAGAAAGCCUGCUGCCGUUGGCCAUGCCAAUGAAUCGAGAUUUUCAAUACUCGACAGACGAAUUCUGCUCGGCACUACAGAGCGACGAUCCAACCUUUCUCAUGGGAUUGACUGGGCUUGAUGUGUUGGACUUUUCUGGGUUUCCUUGA